AUGGCAUCGGAAGCGGCUCAAGCCGCUUCGCUUCGCUAUGAUCCUCGGGCUGAUCCCCCCGUUCAAUCGCCCGAUAAUCGUAAAAGCUCAUCCUCUGCCUCACAAACGACGACUAGCACUGCCUCAGCGCCUACUAGGUCUCAGUCACAAGGACGUCCACCGUGGCGAACAGAACGUCGUUAUACCGAAAUUGAUGAUCAUACGUGGAAAUACACUUUGGAUAACGAAAUAUGCGGCGGACAAUCCGUUGUCGGCUUUGGCAAUGUACCCAUUCCAUCCAAAGAUAAUAUUGCUAAACUAAUCGAUAGGAAACUAAGUAUUCGUGCUAUAACAUGGAAUAUCAAUGAAAAAGUGAGUUCUUCGAAAAGUAAUUAGCU